AUGGAAUAUGAAUUGAAGGCUCCGCGUAAAAGAAAACAGGGUCAGGAGAAAUCUUUUAUCGAUUUUAUGGAAGGAUUACCAGUACUCUUGGACUCAGAUUCCAGUGAUUUGGAUACAGAAACUCAGACAACACGUUGCAAUACUGAUAAGAUAAUUACUAAGGAUAAUCGAAAUAUGUUUUCCUAUCAACAAUUGAAAGAUAUGUGCUUUGACUUGAUGGAACAAACUGAAGAUCGUCUCCGAGAAGAAUAUGAAGUGCAGCUGACCAAGUCUAUGGCUGAGCAAUAUGAUACUUUCAUCAAAUUUACCCAAGAUCAAAUGUACCGAGAGUUGGGGUACAAUCCAAGUUAUUUAUCAUAGAUAGAUAGAUAAUUAUCAUCAAUUUUUAUGAAUGCCCAAGAAGGAGAAUAGAAUGCUCCAGCAGAAGCUUAUAUCUGCGUUUAAGUUUGUUCUUUAAUUUGCGUUUCGUUACAAGAGUUUAUAAAGAAAUAAUUAAAUGAAAAUUUU